AUGUGGCGACCUUCAGGUGCGAAAGCCCUGGGGCCGAGAGCGAGAGCCCGCGGCCGCGCCGAGGAACGCAGCAGCCGCCGCCCAGGACCACCCAGCCUUCUGGGCUCUUCCCCCCUGGCCAAUGGAAAGCCUGGGGACCCCAAGUCAGCUCUUCGCAGAGGUCCCCCAGGAUCAAGGGGACUGAUGAUUCCGCCACUGCGGAGUCUCCCACCUGCUGCCCGGAGCAGAGGCCCAGGGUGGGGAGGCUUCGGCCCCAGGUCUCGCCCAUAUGGUCGCGGUUGGGGGUUGGGUGGGGGGGUGAUCAGUGCUGACCCUCCUUUUCCUGGGCCAGACCAAGGUAGUCCCCCCAGGGGAGGCUUUCACGAAGAACAGAGACAUCCUCGAAGGCUCAAGAGUUGGCCGCUUGUCAAGAAGACCUGCCCCCUGGAGGAUGAACCCCAGGUUAUGGAAGACAAAUAUAACCGCCCGGUCUGCCGACACUUUGCCAAAAAAGGGCGCUGUCGAUAUGAGAACCUCUGUGCCUUCUACCACCCAGGCGUCAACGGACCUCCUCUGUGAGCCUGCCUUCCCGGCCGAGCUGGAGGGAGCCCUCGAGACCCAGCGGCCAUGCAUUUCCCACCGCCCUCCGUCCCCUCCCCCAUUUGGGGUUCAGAGCUGUGUUUCAUCACUGGGGAGAGGUGGGCGCUCUUUCUGCGGAUCCAGCCUCCAGAGCCUCGCCUUCAGGCCCCCAUCUCGGCUGCCUCCUGGGUCCUCUCCCCUCGCCACUGACUGCGGAGCAGGAGACGCUCUGGGUGCUGCCUCUUGUGCGUUUGUCCAGCAGCCCCGUCCUGCCCUGAGUCCGGAGCCUGGAGCGGUUUCCUCCCACCCCUCUGGCCGCUUGUCUCAGGUCCUCCAUGUGCGAACCCUGCCUCCUGUGUUGGCAGAUGCUCCGAGGAACUCCCAGGCUGUCUGGCCAGGAGUUCGGAUGACGGACAGUCCCUCCUGAAAGGCCCCUCGCCUGCUUCGCCGUCAGUCGCCUGGCUGUGAUUGCUGUGUUUGGUGAACACGCACCCCCGGAGCCGUUCUCAGUGUCCGUGGCCUGUCUGUGGCUUCUCCACACUAGAGUUUCUGCUAAAACCAAUGAGGCUCGGGGUGCCUCUCGGCUCCCCCCACCCCAACAGGGAGCACCGGGAACUUCCCGCUAGACUGCCUCCCUGGCCCCCGUUCUUCUGGGGUCCCUUUUUCUGGGUCUGACCCGGGCCCAGGAGGUGUGCGCUAAGCCUCUGGUGGGCCCACCCUCUUCCUCCACAGCCGUGCUCCUUAGCCCAGUCCCUGGGAGGCCACAGGCCUUCCCUGUGAAUUCUGUGCAUCUCCACCUGGACAGCCCUGCCGCCCUCUCCCCACCUCCGUCACUGCUGCUGGUUGUUUUCUGUGAAAACGGCAAUGAGCGGACUCAGUCUUGAACUGGCCCUGAGGACGGGUCAGGAGUUGUGUCGACAAGAGGGAGGGUGAGAACGGUUGGAGAACUGAAAAUGAAUUUUGUUUCUUUUUAAAGUUUUUUACAUUAGUAAUAAAUGCAGUGGAAA